AUGGACUUCCACGAAAAAGUCAUGGACGAAGACGCCUUUGGCGCAAAGGGCAGCAUCGUCAGUGCAUUUGAUGCCUUUCCCAAGUCGAAGCCUCAAUAUGUGCAACGAACAUCUGGUGGUGGCAAGUGGACCGUUGCCAUGGCCGUCAUCUCGGUCAUGCUGUUCUGGUCCGAACUUGGCCGGUGGUGGCGCGGCUCCGAGAGCCACACGUUUGCGGUCGAGAAGGGCGUCGGUCACGACCUGCAGGUCAACCUCGACAUCGUGGUCAAGAUGCGCUGCGAGGACCUGCACGUCAACGUACAGGAUGCGUCGGGGGACCUGAUCCUGGCGGCGACGAAGCUGCGCGAGGAGAUUACGAGCUGGCACCAGUGGGCCGACAUGACGGGCAACCACAAGCUGGGACGCAGCCCGUCGGGCCGCAUCGAGACGAACAGCGGCUACCAUCUCGACGAGGGCUUCGGCGAGGAGCAUGUGCACGACAUUGUGGCACAGAGCAAGAAGAGGCAGAAGUGGGCCAGGACGCCUCGCCUUCGGGGUCCGCCGGACAGCUGCCGUAUCUUUGGCAGCCUGGACCUCAACAAGGUGCAGGGCGACUUCCACAUCACGGCUAGGGGCCACGGGUACCAGGGCGCAGGACAGCAUCUGGACCACACGAGCUUCAACUUUUCGCACAUUGUCAACGAACUCUCCUUCGGCGCCUUCUACCCCAACCUCGAGAACCCGCUCGACAGGACGGUCAACCUGGCGCCGGCCAACUUCCACAAGUUCCAGUACUACCUCUCGAUCGUGCCGACCGUGUACACGGUUGGCAGGUCGGCGUCCAAGGCCAACACGGUGUACACGAACCAGUUCGCCGUGACAGAGCAGAGCAAGGAAGUCGGCGACCACAGCGUGCCGGGCGUCUUCGUCAAGUACGAUAUCGAGCCGAUUCUGCUGCUUGUCGAGGAGACGCGACCAGGCUUCGUGCAGUUCUGGCUCAAGGUGAUCAAUGUUCUGAGUGGUGUUCUCGUUGCGGGACACUGGGGCUUCACUCUGAGCGAAUGGUUCAAGGAGAACUGGGCCAAGAAGAAGGAGAGGACGCAAGGCUUCAUCGGAACGGGCAAGGGGGACUAUGACCACUGA